AUGGCCCCUAAGAAAGGCGGUAGUGCACCGAAGCAGCGGAAUGCCGCGGAGGAAGUCGAGGAGACACUUCAGGCCGUUGUCCUGGCAGAUACAUUUGAGGCGAGGUUCGAGCCAUUUACUCUCGACAAGCCUAGGUGUUUACUGCCGUUGGCCAACACGCCGUUGAUCGAGUAUACGUUCGAAUUCCUUGCCAAUGCGGGCGUCGAAGAGGUGUUCCUCUAUGGAGGUGCUCACUCGGAUCAGUUGGAGAAAUAUAUCAACGCAUCAAAAUGGAGAGCACCCUCGUCGCCGUUCAAGCAAUUGACCUUCCUCAAAUCCACGUCCACGUCAGUCGGUGAUGUUAUGCGCGAUCUCGACGGGAAGCAUGUUAUUACGGGAGACUUUAUCGUCUUGAGCGGAGAUGUCAUCAGCAACAUGCCGAUUGAAGGAGCCCUGGCCACCCACAGAGCCCGCCGCGAAGCCGAUAAGAACGCGAUUAUGACCAUGGUCCUGCGCGAAGCUGGCCGGAACCACCGAACCAAGUCCUCGUCCGUCUCGCCAGUGUUUGUCGUCGACCCGACCAAGGACCGUUGUCUGCAUUACGAGGAGAUCGACCACCACGCGGAGCAUUCGGAGCAUGGAGCGCGGUUGAGCAUUGAUACUGAGAUUAUUGCUGAGCAUCCGGAGAUUGAUAUCCGUCAGGAUUUGAUUGACUGCAGCAUCGACAUUUGCACGCCCGACGUUCUGAGUUUGUGGUCCGACAGUUUCGACUACCAGGCCCCGCGGAAGCAGUUUUUGUUCGGUGUUCUGAAGGACUACGAGCUGAACGGGAAGACGAUCCACACGUACAUCAUCAAGGACCACUAUGCGGCAAGAGCCCGGAAUCUCAAGGCGUACGACGCCAUCAGCAAGGACGUCAUCUCGAGAUGGACGUAUCCCCUCUGCCCAGACACGAACCUGCUCCCCGGCCACACUUACGAACUCCGCAAGAGCAACCUAUACCAAGAACAGAAUGUCACAUUGGCGCGGUCAUGCAUCGUUGGUCGUCGGGUGGUGAUCGGACAAGGUACCAGCAUCGGCGAGAAGACGACAGUGAAGAACACGGUGCUCGGGAGGAACUGCAAGAUCGGCAAGAACGUGACUCUGGACGGUGCUUAUAUCUGGGACGAUGUUAUGAUUGGGGAUAACACGACUGUUAACCAGGCUAUUGUUGCCGAUGGUGCUGUGGUGGGUAACCAGUGCAAGAUCGAGUCGGGAGCGCUUCUCUCGUAUGGAGUCAAGAUUGCCGAUGGUAUCACCAUUGGUGAAGGAAUUCGUAUCACCAAGUCUCCGAAAGAGGAUGAUGAAGCUGCACCUGAGAGCGAUCCGGCAGUUGUCGGUGCAGGAGGCGAGGGCUACGAAUUUACCCGCGACGAAGACUCAGACGACGAAGAGGACGACGCAAGCGAAACCUCCUCCGGCCUAGUCUACAACAUGGCCAACCUCUCCCUCUCCACCGAAUCCAUCUCAACCCUCUCCUCCGAAACCUCCGACUUCGCCGGCUCCCGCGCAGGAAGCUACGGCACCUCCGUCUCCGAAGAAGAAAAAGAAGACCACUUCGUCCAAGACGCCGCUGUCAGCGUCUACGACAGUCUCCGCGACGAGGUCACCUCAGAUGUCGUGCAACUCGAGCUUGUCUCCCUGCGUAUGACCGCUAACGCAUCCGACAACCAAGUCCGCCGCGCGGUGGUCUCCGCCUUCAUGAAACGCAUCGGGAACCUCAUUGACGAGAGCCAAAAAUCCGCAUCCCAGGCCGUCCGCGACAUCUUCGGCACAUACCGCGAGAUCGUGGAGCGGUCCCUGUUCGACCGCGACACCGCUGCGAAGCCGGAUCAGGUGGACCUACUAGUCCUACUCCAACAAGACCUCGUCACCUGGCCAAAGGGCGAUACGGUUCUCCUGUUUACUGCAAAGGAACUUUAUGACCUUGAGCUGAUUGAGGAGGAGGCGUAUGAGCAGUGGUGGGAUGAUGAGCGGUCUAGUGGGACAGAGGAUAUGAGGAAGGUUAGGGCUCAGACGCAGCAGUUUGUAGAUUGGCUUGCCAAUGCCGAGGAAGAGGAUAGUGACGAAGAAGAGGAGAGUGAUGACGAGUAA